UUAACAUCGGGAAAAAUGAAUAAAAAUAUAUUUUUAGAUAAAGUUGGUUCAACAGAAUUAACAGUUUAUCAACUCAUCUUAGUCUUCUCUCCACUUGUGGCAAUCAUUGUAGCAUUUACAUCAAGAUCAUCCGUCCCUCCUGUGUACAACACCGUGUUUGCCUUCCUGGGUUUUAUAGUUUCCGUUGUGUGGAUCUACGUAAUAGCUAACGAGCUGGUCAGUCUGCUCAAGGCUAUCGGGGUCAUAUUUGGAUUGACAGACGCGAUCCUCGGUUUAACAGUACUCGCCUGGGGAAACUCUAUCGGAGAUCUCAUCGCCGACACUGCCAUGGCUCGCAGGGGUCAACCUAGAACCGGAUUUAGCGCUUGCUUCGGAGGUCCCUUGUUCAACCUCCUUCUAGGAAUCGGACUGCCCUUUACAAUUGAAAUUCUACGCGGGGGUGGAGCCCCAAUCCCGCUUCAGUUCAAUGUGAUGACAUUGAGUUUAUCAAUGGGACUAGGUUCAAGUCUUCUCUUCUCCUUUAUCCUUCUUCCUUGCAUCAAGUUUACAGCGAACAAAACUUACGGUUCAUUUCUCUUUGUAAUGUACAUUGUUUUUCUGGCAAUUUGUAUAAUUAUUGAGUUUUCUAUUUUGUGAUAAAAUAGCCUAAAAUUUUUAUUUAUAGUGUAAAUAUUGCAUAAAGUAUCGUAAAAAGUUAAAUUUCAUUCUAUCCUUGGGUUUCAUAGCUUACUGGAUAAACUGAUUCAUUUUCAUGAUUUAUAAGAUAAUAUUAUAUUAUAUUAAUUGGACUUAAA